AUACCUUGAAAUGUUAAUUGAACUUCGCCCUUUCUCUUCAAGUUUCGCGUUCAUAGCAGAUAAAACGUUUACAUCAAAAAAUGGCGAUGAAUCGACUAGUUGGGAAAACGGCAAUUGUUACAGCGUCAACAGAUGGUAUUGGCUUUGCUAUUGCUCAAAGAUUGGCGCGUGAAGGUGCUAAAGUCAUUGUAAGCAGCAGAAAAUUGAAGAAUGUGGAAGAAGCACAGCAAAAGUUGUCUCAAGAAGGACUGCUGGUAACUGGGUUAGUUUGUCACGUAGGUAAACGCGAAGAUCGUCAGAAGUUGUUCACGGAGGCAGAAAAACUAGGAGGGCUCGAUAUUUUGGUUUCUAAUGCAGCCGUCAAUCCUGAAGUAGGGGCUGUGCUGGACUGUUCUGAAUCUUCUUGGGAUAAAAUAUUUGACAUAAACUUGAAAUCUUCAUUCAUGCUGGCAAAGGAAGCCUUGCCAUUACUAAGAAAAAGUAAAGCGGGGAGAAUUAUUUUUAUCUCAUCAAUUGCUGGAUUUCAGCCAUUUGAGUUAUUGGGGGCUUAUUCGGUUAGCAAGACAUCUCUUUUGGGAUUGACAAAAGCAGCAGCUCAACAAUUGGCUCCGGAAGGCAUCACUGUAAAUUCAAUUUGCCCUGGUGUUAUUCAGACCAACUUUUCUGCAGCUUUGACCGAGAAUGAGGCAGCUAAGGAAGCUUCACUUUCUAUGAUACCAUUGAAAAGAAUCGGUCAACCACGGGAUGUCAGUGGGGCUGUCGCUUUUCUUGCAUCAGAUGAGGGUUCUUAUGUAACUGGAGAAAACAUAGUGAUAAGUGGGGGAAUGCAAUCCAGAUUGUAAAGGGUAUUUAUAACACUCCAACCUUACAAACCAUAGUUUUCACAAGAUAAUUUACUUUAUUAAGGUAAAUUGAUUUUUUUUAACAAUCCAUAAGACAAUUUUGAUAUUAAGCUUUGUAAAAAAUAUUGUUACAUACUUCACAAUAAACUAUUCAAUUUUCAA